AUGGCACCAGUCCCCACGCUCGGCAAGCGUCCAGUCGUUCUUCUUACUAACGACGACGGACCACCUUCGGACCAUUCGCCCAACAUAUUCCAGUUCGCAAAGCAGCUCAUCAAGGAUCUAGGCUGGGAGGUGCGCGUGGUGAUUCCCGAUGGUCAACGGUCUUGGGUCGGGAAGGGCUUUGCCAUCAACCAGAUCAUCGCCGCGAGCUUCUUCUACCCACUCGGCACGUUAAUCAUGGGGCGCCACUGA